AUGGAAUUUAGUAUUGAGAAAAUGAAUAAAUUGCUCAAGAAGAGAGUCCCAGAAAAUUAUGGAAAAAACUCGUCAUUUAGUGAAUGGGUAGGCCUGGCAACACAGAAUAUCUCAUUUCACAAAGAUAAAUACACAGAAGAAAAUUUAAGCGAAAAGAGGAAAUCUCUGGAGACAAUUAAAGUAAAAGUCAGGAACUGUAAAACACAGAUAAAGAAACAUUUAAAGCUGCAGAAAUUUUUUUAUAAGGUCGAAAAAGCAGAAACUAUGCAAGCCUUCAAAGAAAUCGCAGCAGCUAUUCGAAUUCAGGCUACAUUCAGAGGGUAUUCAGUUAGAAAAUGGAUUUCUAACUCCCCCUCCAUGAGCGAACAAAAAAUCUUGUUCUUUCAUGGAGGGGGGUUAAUUUUUUUUUCGAUAUUUUAAAAAAUCCUAAUUCGCAAAAAUUGGAAAGCAAAUAUUAAUUGAAUUCGUAAAAUUAAACAGAAUCAGCAGAAAUUUCGUUAUAAUAAUUAUCACUUAUAUAUCAAAGUUUUUUUCUAAAAAAAAUUUUUGUUCGCUCACAGAGGGUGGGCUUUUGGGUAAAAAAUAAGGAUUUUUCUAAUGGUUUUGUUCACCCACGAAGGAGGAGUAAGGUAAAUUUUAUUCAGGUAGCUGAUGAAAAAAUUGAAAAUAAUUUGAAAACUGCUUUAAAUGAUCUAAAAAUCUUCAGUGAAGAUUGCUUUUUACAUCUAGGAAACAGAGCAGAAGAAGUAACGUUUAGUUAGGCCGCAAUAACGAUCCAAAAAUUCACAAGAGGACUGCACGAAAGAAACAAAUGAAGAAAAGUCAUCUCAGAGUACAGAAAAUCCAAAGCAGCGUUUAUAUCAGCCGUAAUCAAAGUUCAAGCCCUAAUUCGAAGAUGCAGGGCUGAAGAAAUUAUCCAAAAUUUAAAAGAAGAAAAAAUAAUUGAAGACAAAUUGCAUGAAAUAAAAAUAAAAAUUGCUGUAAGAAGAAUUGCGAAAUUCUGGAAAAUGCUGAAAUCAAAGAAAAAAAAGAAAGAAAUGAUAAUUAAAGGAAUGAAAAAAGGGAGCAUCCUUAUGAAUAUUUUGAAACCUGGACAAGAGUUUUCCUGCAUGGGGAAAAGCCAUAAACUCAAAGACACACAAGAAAGCUUAAAAAGAAGGGGGAGUCUUAUGACUGAUGCUUCUGAGAGUCAAUAUGCUAAUAAUUUUGGCUUUCCAAAUCCGAUUUUGGUGAAAAGCCUUAUUUGGAAAUACAAAAAUGAUGGAAUUUCGAGACCUACAGAAUCUUCAAUAGAAAGAGAAAGAUGCAUACAUAUAAGGCGCCACAUUCCUCAUCUAUCAAAUUCUGCAAAUUUAAAUGCAUCUCGAAGGAAAUCUGUUGAAAGACCAAGAGAAACUCCUCAAUUAGAACGCUCAGGAACUUAUAUGUGCCAAACUGAGUCUUCUUAUAACAGAUGCAAUUCAAAUGGGACACCUCCAGUGCCGUUAUUUUUUAAAUUUAAAACGCAAAAAUCGAUGAGGCUUUCUUGGAAUUUUACCAAAAGAACGGUGUCUUCUCAGCAGCAUUCUUUAAAAAGAACAAAAUGUAAGGAAUUAUGCAAUGAAACAGUAGAUUAUAGUUUAUGCAAUCGUCGGCAUAAGUGCUCGUCUAUAUUGCAGAGACCAAGAACGGCUUCUCCGAAUUUAUCAAUGAACACAACAAUUUAUAUUAGUUAUCCUCCAACACCGUCUCCGCUAUCUUAA